AUGGUAAUCUACAACUUCCUCUCUACUUUCUCAAAAUCCAAUAACAAUACUACUCUAUGGAAAAUCUUCAUUUCUACUAUUCUUAGGAAAUGGAAUAGUAAGGUAAGAAACAAUAAACCAUUUCCUCCAUGUCCAAAAUCAUGGCCUAUAAUUGGAAGCCUUCCUCAAAUCUUCAUAAAGAAUAAGACAACAUUUAUUUAUUGGAUACACAAAAUUAUGGAGGAGAUGAACACUGAAAUUGCUUGCAUUUAUCUUGGCAAAGUUCAUGUAAUUCCUAUAACUUCUCCUGAGCUUGCUUGUGAGUUCUUGAAGAUCCAAGACUCCAUUUUCUCAUCUAGGCCUAUUUGUAUGUCUGCAAGCCUUAUUAGUAAUAACUACUUAACUUCUGUUUUCCUCCCCAUUGGUGAUCAAUGGAUGAAAAUGAGGAAAAUUCUUGCUUCUCAUGUGUUAUCACCAACCUCAUUUCAAUGGCUUCGUCCUAAAAGGGACGAAGCCAUUGAUGACCUUGUUCAAUUCGUUUACAAUCAAUGCAUCAACCAACAAGUUAUUAAUUUGAGGCAAGUGACAAGAUGUUAUUGUGGGAAUGUUAUUAGAAAUAUGAUUUACAACAAGAGAUCAUUAUUUGGAAGUAUAGAAGAAGAGGAGCAAGUUGAUGCACUUUUUACACUACUCAAGUAUCUUCAUUGUUUUGGUAUAUCAGAUUACUUACCAUGGUUAAGUGUGUUUGAUUUAGAUGGUCAUAAAGCAAUUAUUAAGAAAGCCUAUGACAUAGCAACAAAACAAAUUGAUAUUGAAGUUGAUCAUAGGAUUCAAAUAUGGAAAGAUGGCAACAAAAUUUUGGAAGAAGACAUCCUUGAUGUUCUUAUCAUGCUCAAAGAUGACAAUGGAAAUCCAUUGAUGAAUGUUAAAGAGAUUAAAGCACAAGUGCUUGAACUCAUGCUGGCAACAGUGGACAAUCCCUCAAAUGCAGUUGAAUGGACACUUGCAGAAAUGUUGAAUCAACCAAAGCUAAUGCAAAAAGCCAUAAAAGAACUCAACAAUAUUGUUGGGAUGAAUAGAUUGGUUCAAGAAUCAGACUUGCCUAGGCUAAAUUAUGUCAAAGCUUGCAUAAAAGAGGCAUUUCGACUCCACCCCAUAACGCCUUUUAAUGUUCCUCAUGUGUCUAUUUCUGAUACCAUCAUCGGUGAAAAGCACUUCAUCCCUAAAGGGAGCAUAGUGUUAUUAAGUCGUCUUGGACUUGGCCGUAAUCCUAGAGUUUGGAAGGAUCCAUUGAAGUUCAAGCCAGAACGCCACUUGAAAAAGAAAGAUGGUGAUGAAGUAGUUCUCACUGAUUCAAAGUUACGUUUGUUGUCAUUUAGUAUUGGAAGACGAGGUUGUCCAGCUGUGAAACUUGGUUCAACAAUUACUACAAUAUUACUUGCUAGACUUCUUCAAGGAUUUACUUGGAGUUUACCACCAAAUUCAUCAUGCAAUGACUUAAUUGACUCAUCUAAGAUGGAUCAUUUUUGUACUUUACCACUUCUUGCUCAAGCAAAAGCAAGAUUAGCUAAGGACAUGUAUCUUUAA